UCCGCUCCUCUGCUCGCUCCCCUUCGAGCGGGACUGGUGUCUGGCGCCGAGCGCGCGGGAGGAGGCCAUCGGAAGCGGGCCAACCGGCGGGGCAGCCCUCCCCGCAGUGACGUCCCAGGGGGCGGAGGGGCGACUGGCUGGCUCCGCGCCCUCCCCGCCUCCUCCGGGUGCCAGGUCCGUCGGUCCUCGGGAGAUGCUGCUGCCGCGGUUGCAGUUGUCGUGCACGCCGCCGCCGGGCCGCCCGCUCCACCGCCGUAGCACCCGGGUGUCCCAGGGCGCACCCGAGCCGGGCCAUGCAGCCAGGAGCGGCGCUGCAGGCCAUGCUGCUGGCGGUGCUGCUGGCGGGGCCCGGGGGAGCGACGGGGCGCCUGCUAAGCGGGCAGCUGGUCUGCCGGGGAGGGACACAGAGGCCUUGUUAUAAAGUCAUUUACUUCCAUGAUGCUUCUCGAAGACUGAACUUUGAGGAAGCCAGAGCAGCCUGCCGGAGGGAUGGGGGCCAGUUGGUCAGCAUCGAGUCUGAAGAUGAACAGAGACUGAUAGAAAAGUUCAUUGAAAACCUCCUGGCGUCUGAUGGCGAUUUCUGGAUUGGGCUCAGGAGGCACGAGGAGAAACAAAGCAAUAGCACAGUCUGCCAGGACCUUUAUGCUUGGACGGAUGGCAGCACAUCCACAUUCAGGAACUGGUACGUGGAUGAGCCUUCCUGUGGCAGCGAGGUCUGCGUGGUCAUGUACCAUCAGCCAUCAGCACCCGCCGGCAUUGGGGGCCUCUACAUGUUCCAGUGGAAUGAUGACCGAUGCAACAUGAAGAACAAUUUCAUUUGCAAAUAUUCCAAUGAGAAACCAACAGCUCCUUCUACAAGAAGUAGAGGUCAAGGAACAGAGCCAGCCACACCCGUACUUCCAGAAGACACAGAGAAGGGAGACGCCAAAGAAACAUUUAAAGAAAGCAAAGAAGCUGACUUGAAUCUUGCCUACAUCCUAAUCCCCAGCAUUCCUCUUCUCCUCCUCCUUGUGGUCACCACAGUUGUAUGCUGGGUUUGGAUCUGUCGAAGGAGGAAGCGGGAGCAGCCAGGCCCCAGCACAAAGGAGCAGCAAACAAUUUGGCCCUCUCCGCACCCAGGGCACAGCCCGGACCUAGAGGUUUAUAACAUCAUCCGAAAACAAAGUGAAGCUGAUUUAGCAGAGACCCGGCCAGACCUGAAGAACAUUUCAUUCCGAGUGCGUUCCGGAGAAGCCACUCCCGAGGAGAUGUCUUGUGACUAUGACAACAUGGCUGUGAACCCAUCCGAAAGUGGAUUCGUUACUCUGGCAAGCAUGGAGAGUGGCUUCGUGACCAAUGACAUUUAUGAGUUCUCCCCGGACCGAACGGGCAGGAGCAAGGAGUCUGGAUGGGUGGAAAAUGAAAUAUAUGGUUACUAGGAUGUGCGAAAAACACUUGAACUGACAAGAAUGGGAAAGAAAAGAGAAGCAAAAUUCUCCUAUUUUCUAUAAGGAAAACACUCAGAAGGACUAUGAGAAUGCUCAGAUCUAGUGCCGGGAGUGAGCAUGUGACCGCCAAGAGCUCCCGCUGGAUCCCCAUCAGCUCCUGCUGGAUCCCCAUCAGCUCC